GUCUUUGUGAACAGGUGAAAUACUAUCAAGACAAGCUCCCCAACCACAACUACAACCGCAACCACACUCAGACCCCACAUCCUUCGUCGAUAUAGGAAUCUCCCUGGACUGCGGAUCACCCACCCACCAUCGUUGAGAUUCAACAAUCAUGUCUCGGUUCUUUCACGGGGGUCUAAGUGACAGCGAUACAACCUCCUCUGAUGAGGACCUGUACUCAGAAGAGGAGGAGGAGGAGGAGGCUAGCGCCGACGAGUCCGGUUCCGAAGACGAGUCGGACGAAGCCGACAAAGAUGACGAUGAUGAUGCGGGGCUAAAAUUCUUGUCUCGCGGGGGAGGGGGUGAUGAUAGCAGUGAUGAGGAGGAUGGCAAACGAGUCGUCAAGAGUGCAAAGGACAAACGUGUGGAGGAAAUCGAGGGCUCUAUCAAGCUCAUUGAAAAUGGGGAGAAGAUCAAUGACUGGGUGGUUAUAUCUGUAGAAUUCGAUAAGCUCAACAAAAUCAUAUUAAAGAGUCCUGAGAUACCGGGGGUUUACAUCAAAGCUAUUGCCGACCUGGAGGAUUUCAUGAAUGAGACCCUCAAGGAUAAGGCUACGGCCAAGAGGAUGAACGCUACCAAUGCUCGUGCUCUGAAUACGAUCAAGCAACGUGUAAAGCGUAAUAACCGUUCGUAUGAAUCGCAAGUCGAGGCAUAUAGAAAAGACAAGGAGGGAUUUAUGGUCGAGGAGAGAGAGGAAGUUGUUCCAACUCCGAGAGCGCCACGUUCUCAGGAACUAGGUGUCUCCUUCGAGGACGAUGAUGAAGGGUUCUCUCUGGUUGGGCGGGGUGGAAGGGCCAUGGUGUAUACUCCUGAGAGUAUUUUCAAACAUCUGCGAGUCAUCAUCGAGGCAAGAGGAAAGAAGAAUACGGACAAAGGAGAACAAAUUAAGGUUAUGGAAAAACUGUAUGAAGUGGCCCAUACACCCUAUCAGAGAAUCAAGGUCCUCCUGGCUCUUGUUUCCACACGAUUCGAUCUCACCACCGGUGCUCUCUCCUACAUGGCAACUGAUCAAUGGAAAUCUGCUGAACAAGAAUUUAAUACACUAUUGGAGGUUUUGGAAGCUAAUCCAGAUUAUGUUGUUAUUGAGACCGCUGAGGAAUGGGACGAUGAUGAAAAGCCACCUCAGCCAGCCCCCGGUGAGAUCCUCAAGAUCCCGGGAAGCAUUGUUUCCUUUGUUGACAGGCUCGAUGAUGAACUUACACGAUCACUACAACACAUUGACCCUCACACAACUGAAUACAUUGACAGAUUGAGUGAUGAAGGUGCUCUAUACACAACCAUCCUGAGAAGUCAGCUGUAUUUAGAGAGACUCCAGAGGAACCACAAUAUCCCCACUGACGAGUCGCUGAACCGUGUUAUCAUGCGAAGGCUUGAGCAUCUAUACUUCAAGCCCGGACAAGUCAUUAUUACCGUCGAGGAGAACGCUUGGAAGUUGAUUCCUACCGAACUCAACUCUGUGAUUUCUCCUAGGACCAUCGCCAAUACAGAUGCCACCGAUCUCCUCCACACAUUGGCCACCUACCUCUACAAACACGAUGCCACUGUUAUCCGGACACGGGCUAUGCUUUACCACAUCUAUUAUUACGCUCUCCACAACCAAUUCUACAAGGCCCGCGAUAUGCUUCUCAUGUCACAUCUCCAAGAGAACAUCCAUGUUGCCGACGUUGGCACCCAAAUCUUGUAUAAUAGAACUUUGGUUCAAGUCGGACUUUGCGCUUUUAGGGCUGGGUUGAUCUACGAAGCUCAGACAUCGCUACAAGAAAUCUGCGGUACCGGCAGGCUUAAGGAGCUCUUAGCCCAGGGUGUGCAGAUCCAACGCUACUCGCAAGUCACUCCUGAACAGGAGCGACUUGAGAGGCAGCGACAACUUCCCUUCCACCAGCACAUCAAUCUUGAGCUCUUGGAAUGUGCAUAUCUCACUUGUUCUAUGCUACUAGAGAUUCCUGCAUUAGCCGCAAGCGGCUCCUCGCCAGAUAUGAAGAAGCGCGUUAUCAGCAAGACUUUCCGGCGUAUGCUUGAAUACCAUGAACGCCAGAUCUUCACCGGUCCUCCGGAGAACACCCGAGAUCAUGUAAUGCAAUCCGCCAAGGCCCUCGCAGCUGGAGAAUGGAAGAGAUCGAGCGAACUCAUCCACGCUAUCAAGAUCUGGGAUCUCCUCCCCGAACCACAGAAGAUUAAGGAGAUGCUUUCCGAGAAGAUUCAGGAGGAGGGUCUCAGGACUUAUCUUUUCACCUAUGCCCCCUUCUACGAUACCCUAUCACUCAGCCGCCUAGUUGAGAUGUUCGACCUCAGCGAGCGUAAGGUUUCGGCACUGGUCAGCAAAAUGAUCGCCCACGAAGAGAUCGCGGCGGCGUUAGACCAGGUCAACAAUGCCAUCAUCUUCAGGAAGGGCGUCGAACUCUCACGUCUACAAACCCUAGCCCUAGCACUCAGUGACAAAGCCAGCGGCCUGAUGGAGCAAAAUGAACGAGUCCUAGAGCAGAAGACGCAAGGCCAGGGCGGCUUUGAGGGCGGCCAGCAGCGUGGAGGUGGAGGAGGCAGGGGCGGGAGGGGUGGUCAGAGGGGCGAUCAUUCAGGUGGAAGGGGCGGAAGGGGCGGCCACAAAGGUCCUCGAACACAGAAAAAUGUUCAAUUUAAUCAACAGUCCGGCUUCCAUGGGGGAGCUAUGAAGACCUAGUUCCUCUUUUGUAUCCAAUUUCCUUACCUCUCCUCUAUCUCCCUCUUCCCGAACAUUCUUCUACCCUUCUGUUUACUUCCUACUUCUUAAAAGUUUUUUUUUCCAAGUUACGAGAUAUACAUCAUCAUCCAAAACCAUGUAUUUAGGCAUCCACUCGCUGGUGCAUACGUACAGGGAAAAAUGGAAAUCUUUGUUUUGCGGUACGGUAUAUCCAUUGCGUUCCCCAAUUAUGUGAUCUAAGUUAGGGAAAGCUAGUUUGUUAGUCAGCUUAUUUCUUUUGCUAUAAUAUCUUAUUUUGGAGUCCCUUCUUGUGAUAUAAUACUUCCGCCAGUAUAUCUGGUACCUUGCCUGUGGAGUUUUCCGAUACAAGUGGUUUGAGGACAGAAUGGGGGCGAACGCUCUGUCUGAGCGAGGAGUGGGGAUUUAAGAAUUCUAUGAUCUUGCGAGCUAUUCAUACUA